ACGAAAAAAACCCCCAAGAAAUGCUGAAACCCGGUGACGUGGUAUUCUACUCCCGUGGCACUGAAUCUACGGAUUUUUGUGACGCCGUCGAGAAAGUUGUACCUGACAACACGUAUUACCACGUGGCAAUCGUGUCAGAACGUGGAACCAUUGUCGAAGCUACUGGAGACGGUGUCCUAGAGUAUAGUCUCCAAAAAUCUAUUGAGGAGAACCGGCCGGGGUGCCUAGAGAUCUUGGAAGUGGCAAAUUGCUGCGAGAAAGUCCUAGAAGCUGCCGCCACAUGGAGCUGGACUAAACUUGGGUUACCGUACAACGACCUGUUCGCUGCGGACCUUAUAAAUUCUGACGGAAAAGAGUCGUAUUACUGUAGUCAGUUGAUAACAGCGGCGUUUGAAUUUGCCGGAGUCGAUAUGAAGUGGCCGGCACACACGUUGAAUUUCAACGACAAAAAUGUGAAUCAAAUCAGUUUUUGGAAUGAAUAUUUUGAGAAACGCGGCAAAUCUCAAGUACCUCAAGGCGAAGAGGGAUCGCAUCCAGCGCAAUUGAGAAGAAGUCCGAGACUUCUGUUAAAAAUGCGAAUCUUCCCUAAUCUUAUCAAUCUGAACAGCCUGACGGAAACGAAGCUUCUCGAAUUAUCAUCACACUUUGUGGCUGGAAACCAUGUGGAAUUCCCGUCAGAUCGCAAAUUUGAAGUGAUUGAACCCAGGAGUGGAAAACCCAUGGCCACGUGGCACUAUGCAACUAGAGAUCAAGUCGAUUUGACAGUGAAAGAAGCCAAAAAAGCACAAAAACAAUGGGCAAAAUCUUCAUGGAUGGAACGAAGCGAAAUUCUGAAAAAGACUGGAGAUCUUCUGAAAACUCAUUGCAACGAUAUUGCCUACUGGGAGUGUAUUAGUAAUGGAAAACCAAUUGCAGAAGCAAAAGCUGACGUGCUUUCUUGUGUUGACACUUUCUAUUUUUAUUCCGGAAUUGCAUCUGACCUUCUCGGUCAACACGUUCCACUCGAUGCUUCUCGUUACGCCUAUACACGCCGUCUUCCUGUUGGAGUGGUCGCCGCCAUCGGUGCCUGGAACUAUCCAAUUCAAACAUGCUCCUGGAAAACUGCACCAGCACUGGCCUGUGGAAAUGCUGUCAUAUAUAAGCCCAGCCCGCUGUCACCCGUAACUGCACUGAUAUUGGCUGAAAUUUUGAAAAGUGCUGGACUACCGGAUGGAGUGUUCAAUGUUAUUCAAGGUGACGCUGAAACUGCACAAGAUCUCAUUCAUCAUGAUGGGGUAUCAAAAGUAUCAUUCACUGGAAGCAUCCCAACUGGAAAGAAAAUCAUGAAAGCCUGCGCCGAUCGAAAUAUCAAGCCAGUAACCCUGGAACUUGGUGGAAAAUCCGCAUUGAUCGUGUUCGACGACGCCGAUAUCGACUCGGCGGUGUCUUGUGCAAUGAUGGCUAACUUCUACAGUCAGGGACAAGUUUGUUCUAAUGCUUCAAAAGUUUUGGUUCAUAAAAGUGUGCUGAAGGAGUUUACGAAGAAGUUGGUAGAUCACACGCAGAAGAUGAAAAUUGGUGACCCUUUGAAAGAGGAUACUCAAGUUGGAUCCCAUAUUUCUGCAGAGCAUCGUAACAAAGUCGAAGGGUAUAUAAGUACUGCCAUUGCCGAAGGAGCCACCAAGCUUUGUGGUGGAGAUCGUGUGGCCGUUCAUGGCCUCGAGAAUGGAUUCUACUUGUCUCCAUGUAUUUUAACAGGCAUUACACCCAAAAUGACAGUAUAUCGGGAGGAAAUCUUUGGAUCCGUACUUCUAAUCAUUCCAUUUGAUACCGAAGAUGAAGCUAUUAAAAUUGCAAAUGACACCGAUAUGGGAUUAGCUGCGGGUCUAGUCACGAAAGACCUCUCAAGAUCCUAUCGAGUAUCUGAGCAGUUGAAUGCUGGAAACGUCUAUGUCAAUACCUAUAAUGAUGUUUCGCCACUGGUUCCAUUCGGAGGAGUCGGAGAAUCAGGAUUCGGACGUGAAAACGGAACAGCAGUACUCGAACAUUAUACUCACCUGAAGUCGGUCUUUGUCAAUACCGGAACGUGCCCCAACCCAUUCUAAUGAGUCUUCAAAUGUACAAAUCUUUAUACUUUACUAGUUAGACGAACGGAUCGAGAAUAAAUUAUUGCUUUU